AUGCCAAAAAUAACUGAACUUCGCGGUCUAUUUAAACCAUUUACAAAACCAUUACAUCGACAAUGGAAAUGGGUAUGGCAAGAAAAAGGCAAAUUUAAUGAGCCUAAAUUAACAUUACCUAAAGCAUUAGAAGGUCGUCAAAUAAAUAUAAUUGAUCCAUUACAUGAACCAGAUCCAAAUGCUUUACCUGAUGAAUCAACACCUUGGGCAAGUCCAACUCGACAUCCAAUGUUCGAAUAUCUUGUACCACCAUUACCACGUGAACAACAUCCUUUGUUUCAUCAUGAUCGAUCAAUAUUUUUAUUUGAUUCAAAAACAAAAUUACAUGCAGGUGUUGAUCAAGCAUGUUUAUUAACAAAAACAAUUCCAUUCUAUGAAUUACCACAAUCAAUAAAACAAAUAUUUGGACAAGUAUCCUUACCUGAUCAAGAUGAUUUAAUUCAAUCAUAUAUUCGUCAAUCAAUUGCUUAUGAUGCAACAAAAGAAUAUUUACCAAAAAAAAAAAGUCCAUUAAAACAACGUCGAUCAUUUCGUGUUGAAUAUUCUAUACCACGUUCAAGACAAAUGUCAAUAUUACUUGAAAGUAUUAUUUCUCUAUGUGAAUCAUUAGGUGGACGUUAUCCAGAUUUAUUUAAAAGACAUUUAUAUCGUAAUAUACCAUUUCAUACAACAUAUGAACGUUAUAAUGAAUUAAUACAUUUACGAAGAAAAAAUGAAUAUGUCUUAACUAGUCAAAUACCAUUAUCACCAAUUGUUAAACGUUUUGAUAAAUUAGAAAUUAGUUCAGGCAAUAAUACAAAUGAACAAAUAACAAGUCAUGAUCCAAAUGGACAUUAUCUUAUACAAGCAAAUGAUUAUCAAUUUUUAGAUAUGUAUCCAAUUUAUCCAACUAUUGAUCUUUCACCGGAACAACUUUAUCAAGAUGGUGAUGAACAAGGAUGGAUACAAAGAAAAUCAAAUGAAUAUGUUCAUACAACAUUUUAUGUCUCAAAUGAUGAGUUAAUUCAUGAAUCAACAACAGAUGAACGUCUUGCACGUAUGAUUAUGUUUACAUUUGGUUCUGCUCUAGUUCAAGCACGUCAACUCUAUCCAAAUGGUAUUCUAACUAAACCAGUUACUGUUCAAUCAAUAUUUCUUCUUGAUGAACUUUUUCAUUUUAUUGUAUUUCAAUUGAAUACAUUAAAUUAUAAUGAUACAAAUGAUAAACAAUGUAAUUAUGUAUGGAUUGAUAAAGAUAAUUAUUUAUAUGAUAAUCGUCCGUCAAUGGUUAUGCAUAAUCCACUUUAUGGUACAGAACGAAAUUUACAACGAUAUGUUUUAGAAAGACUGAAAUAUAAUCCCAUUGUUUUUCAAAAGUUUUUAGCACUAUACUUACAAGGUGUUAAAUAA